AGUUGGAGCCAAACCCACUUCCAGUAGCAUACAACAUCACACGGAUGCCGCCGAGCGGAGACGUGUACUUACUACAUACUACUGUACAUCGCGAGACAACAGAGAUACACUUCACUCACACACCGCCCCGUCAUUGCCCCGGCGCGACAGGUGCGCCCCAGACAAGUACUACUAGUAACACUCUCACUAGUGAGUGAGAGAGAGUUUAUUGCAUCAUCUAGCUAGCUACUCCUACUAGCUGAAGGGUACAGCAGCAACAGCAGCAGCUGCUGCUUGCAGCGGCGCGUCAAAAUUAGCAGGUGUGUGUCCACAGUUUCACACUCCCCUAUACUUGCUCAUAGCCUCGUCUCCUUCCUCUAUUACUCCCUAAGCUUUUCUUAAGCUCGCCAAGAACACACCCGAGAAAUCCAAAAGGGAGGGAAAAGAAAGGGGGUGGCCGGCCGGUCGGUCGGUCGGCGGCCAUGGAUUUCGACGACCAUGACGAGGGUGACGGCGACGAGGAGAUGCCUCCGAUGCCUCUGAGCUCGGGCUACGACGCGCCGAUGCAGCCCGGGCUUGGAGGUGGCGGUGGCGGGGUGCCCAAGCCGGGAGGUGGAGUCGGCGGCGGCGGUGGUGGUGGUGGUGGUGGUGGAGGAGGAGGGGCGAGGUAUCGGGAGUGCCUCAAGAACCACGCCGUCGGCAUCGGCGGGCACGCCGUGGACGGCUGCGGCGAGUUCAUGGCUUCCGGCGAGGAGGGCUCCAUCGACGCGCUCCGCUGCGCCGCCUGCGGCUGCCACCGUAACUUCCACCGCAAGGAGUCGGAGUCCCCCACGGGCGUCGGGCCGGCCGAGCCUUCCGCCGUGUCCCCCGCCGCCAUCUCGGCCUACGGCGCCUCGCCGCACCACCAGUUCUCCCCCUACUACCGCACCCCGGCAGGGUACCUCCACCACCAGCAGCACCAGAUGGCGGCCGCGGCGGCGGCCGCGGCCGCCGCCGCAGCGGGCGGCUACCCGCAGCGGCCCCUCGCGCUGCCGUCCACCUCCCACUCGGGACGCGACGAGGGCGACGACAUGUCCGGGAUGGUCGGCCCCAUGGUGAUUGGCCCCAUGGUCGGCAUGUCCCUCGGCUCCGCCGGCCCCUCCGGCUCCGGCUCCGGCAAGAAGCGGUUCCGCACAAAGUUCACGCAGGAGCAGAAGGACAAGAUGCUCGCCUUCGCGGAGCGGCUCGGGUGGCGCAUCCAGAAGCACGACGAGGCCGCCGUGCAGCAGUUCUGCGAGGAGGUCUGCGUCAAGCGCCAUGUCCUCAAGGUUUGGAUGCACAACAACAAGCACACCCUGGGCAAGAAGGCGCCAUAGCUAAGCUAAGCCAAGCAAGCUCAGCUCAGCUCAUCUCCUCCCGGUGCUAGGUACCUGCACUGCAACUGCAACUGCAUGCAUCACCAUCUCCAUCUACUUCUACUACCUCCUUACCCGCGGCUAAUUAGCCUUUUUCUUUGCCUUCUUUUACCUCACCUGAGUAGAAGCUUAGCUAGGUUCGUAGCGAGCAAGCUGUUCUUGUUGGUUUUAGGGGAGGUGGUGGUUGCUGCUGCUGCUGCUUUUGCAUCCUUCCUUGUUUCUUUUUCGUUAUUUUAUUCCAUUGUGGUUGGGUUCUUUGGGCUUGUGGUUGCCGUCGUUGUUGUUUCCUAGUAGAUGAUGACGACGACGUUUGGUGUUGGGAAGGAAGAGGACAUGGAUGGCGAUUUGCCGAUCGAUUUAGAUCUUGGGAAUGUAGUACUUUUGUGUUGCAAUUGAAAUUUCCUUCCUGGGGAUUUGGGUUGCUGCACGGUUUGUUUGUUUCA